AGGUACUUUCUCCGAGUUUGAAUUCAUCAACAUAUGUACAUCAAGCCCAGCUGAAACAGUGUAUUUUCUAUAGUUAUCAAUUCAAAUAUUGAGCAGCGUUUCAGAAAAAAAUGAAACCAAAUCUACAACACGCAAACGGGUAUUUACAAACAGUUGUAAAUACUCUCUCGGCAUUAAUUAAUAUGAAAAUGUAUAAUGUUAGAAUGUUUGCGAAAAUAUCGGCUACCUAGCCCAAUGUGCAUUGAAAUAAAUUUCAAAACAUCGAUGCUUCUCCCAGCACUAAAGUGUUUGAGUAUACAACCUGACGUAGAUUGUUCAGAACCAUAAGUUAAUUGGUUUAAAUAUUUCCUGGUCUGAUGCUUUCUAAAAUAAGAACUUUAAACAAAUUCUGUUUAAUAAAUGGUUUGAGUUUUCAUUCGGGCCAUCGUACAUACUCCUUGAUGCGUACAAAAUUAUGUUUCACCUACGUAAAUUCUGUUAUUCAAAAUUCACUUGUGCUUAAAGCUUGUAAAAUGUAUCGACCGGAGAGAUUUAUGAGUAUGAAAAUAAGCAUUCAGCAAGAUCAAAAGAGUUUUUUUAUUUAUCUUGACGGAAUGAAGGCGGAGCUGGGCUAUUUUAUUCGAGAUGGAGUUAUGCAAAUUGAUCACACCAAAGUUCCCACGAAGCUUGGUGGUCAUGGUCUUGGCAAGCUGUUGGCUAAGGCUGCUUUGGAAUACGCACUGCGAAAUGGACUGUUCAUUAUUAUUCACUGUGAUUUCGUUAAAUACUACGUUGAGAAAUAUGAGCCACACUAUUCGAAGUACAUACUUAAAUAAUAUACAUGUAUGUUUUGUAGCUGUCGAAGUUGAUAAAAGAAAUAGAUAAAAGUGAAAACAUUUGUGUUUUUUCAUUAGAUUGACAUUGAUAUUGUGAUAUUUACAAUGUAAUCGGAGCACAGAUGAUCGUAAUGAUGAAAUACAUAACAUUAUAGGAAUGAAA